AGAUUAAGUUUAAUUUAAACUCUCAAUUGAUAAAAUGUUAUUUUCUAUUUUUAAGAAGGUUAUAGCUUUUAUCUAACCAUUCUAAGUAGUCCAUUUUAACUAAAUAUAUAGAUUGGCCAGCAGAACUAGACUUAGAAAGGACAUCAGAGGAAGAGCAAAAAAGACUUGAUGAAAGUGAAAAUAACCACCUAAAGGAUAAAGGUAUUUCACAAACAUGUAUCCUGGCAGAAAAGACAUGUGAAAAUCAAGCCCAGCAAAUUAACGUUCCACUUUUGCAUCUGCAAAAAAAGUCUCGAGAACCAGAAAUGAAUAAGAAAUGUGAUAGAAAGGAUAAUAUAUCUGUAUAUUCAGAACAUCCUUCUGUGCAAAAGCGUGAGGAAAUCUCGAUCAAACAAGGCAAAUUAGUGUGGAAAAAUAAUCUAAAACACAUCACCAGUGAGUUAAAGCGGAAGUUCGGUGCAACUUGUGAAAGACACAAAAUUGCUCCUUAUGCUAAGGAAGAGUCACUACGUGGUAACUUUAAAGAAGGAGCAAACUUAAUGGAAAUACCUUCUAACUUGACAAAUGAUAGACUUGAUUGUGAGAAAAAGGAUAUAUUUGCAGUGCCUGUCCCUCUAGUAGUUCAGGCAUUUCCUGAACAAAAAAAGUCUCGUCUCAAAUAUGCUUGCCAGGCAUCUUCUGAUUUUUCUUUAAGUGAAAAUAAAUCAGACUGUGAAAAUGAUAACAAACCAGACACUGAGCAUGCUUUUAACAAAAAUAAGAGUUUUAAAAGUGAUACAGAAACUAAAAAAGUAAGGAACCCACUCGCUACGUUUGAAGUGAAAGAAGACCAAGAGUUUGACGUGCAAAUGGCAAAAAGUAUGAACCAAAAUAGCACUAAUUCUAAAUUAGACAUUGGACGUAUACCUCAGUCUAGUGAUUCAGAAAGCCAUUUUGACAAAAGGUUUUCCCGCUCCAAUGAGGUGAGACAAAUGGCUCAAAUAAAGAGGCACCAUAGUUCUGCCGUUACAAACAUUUACAAGAAAACAAAAGUCUUGUUCCAGAAGCCAUUCUGUGCAGUUAAUAACAGUACUAAUACCUAUAGAAGUAUGGAACCCAAAUUAGAAAAUGUGAGUUCUUCUCCACCAUGUAGUUACAGAACAUCAGAAGUACGUCUAAAAGAAGAAUUACAGCAAGAUGUUCAAAAGUUUAAGAAUGAGAUAGGCAUGUUACCGAUAGACAUCUGGGAUUUGGAAAAAAAGAAAGUUCAACUUCAAAAAGAGAUUAAUGAAGAAAAGAAGAGACACCAAAGUAAUGAGACGGCAGUAUUAGAAAACCUGUAUGCUGUCGCUGCUGCUGCUGCUAGACUAAUUCAACAAAGAGAGAGUGGAAAAACUGAAAACCACCUCUUUCCUGUUGGGAAAAAGGAAGAUUCUGAUGGGUAAG